AUGUCAGAACGACGUAUCGACGUCAACCGUAGCAACUACUCGGUAAUCGAUAACGAAUUUGGUAAUAUGCGAGAUCGCUUCGAACAGGAAAUGCGCCGUGUUGAAGAUGAAAUGAAACGUCUUCGUUCCGAAUUUGAAGGCUACAGACCAGGAACCACUCCUAGAUCAGCCAUAUCUAACCAGGCUUUUGAUUCGUCACUCUCCACUCCAGCUCGUCGUCAAGAAGGUUUUGGAGCUCCUCCUUCUUCAUUUGGUCACACUGAUUUGAUGUCACGUCCUACAUACGAUCCUUAUUUGGAUAACCUCAAAAGUCCUCUGAUCAAAGACGAAAGUGAUGGUAAAACUCUACGGCUCAGGUUCGAUGUGGCUCAGUACAAACCAGAGGAGGUGACUGUGAAAACCAUCGACAAUCGCCUUCUUGUUCAUGCUAAACACGAGGAGAAGACACCACAACGCACUGUGUAUAGGGAAUAUAAUCAGGUAAGAGUUCAAUCUUCCACAUUUUAA